GUAUUAUCGCUCCUCCUCCCAACAUCUCCUCCGAACGGAUUUUGCCAUUGUAGAUAACAAGUCUGUUCAUCACAUUACAACAGCAAACAUGUCUAUUAGCUCCACCUCCGGAAGGAAUAUGCUUCGACGCACUGCCCUCUUCGGCAACAAAUUGACGAGCGGUGCCGGAGCCGUUGAGACCUCCCGCUUCGCCCGGCCCACGGUAUUCAGUUCCUACCGCAGCGUCCACCGUUCAGCACGAUUGCCUGCGAUCACCCCGUCAGAGACACGCCGCCGGCCUACCCUGCAGCCUAACCACCACUCUCUCGUGCAGGCCCGGGUGAAUGGCCCGGCGCCGACGAGCAAGCGCACGAUCUUCAUUCAGACGGAGAACACUCCGAACCCCGAUGCCCUUAAAUUCAUCCCUAACCACCGCGUCCUCCCCGAGAACUUCCCCACGACCUUCCUCGAAUACCUCUCGCCGCGCUCGACCCUCGCGCCCCCGCACCCCUCCCCGCUGGCGGCGCAGCUCCUCAACGUCGAGGGCGUCACCUCCGUCUUCUACGGACCGGACUUCAUCACCGUGACCAAGGCGGCGGACUCAAACUGGGCGCACAUCAAGCCCGAGGUGUUCAGCCUGAUCACCCAGGCGGUGACGUCGGGCGAGUCGAUCGUCAACACCGUGGCCAAGACCGGCGAGGGCGCCGCGCAGGAGGGCGGCGAGUCGGACUCGCUGCGCUUCAACGAGGAGGACGAUGAGGUCGUCGGCAUGAUCAAGGAGCUGCUGGACACGCGCAUCCGCCCCGCCAUCCAGGAGGACGGCGGCGACAUCGACUUCCGGGGCUUCGAGAAUGGCAUCGUGCUGCUCAAGUUGCGUGGCGCCUGUCGCACCUGUGAUUCCAGUACGGUGACGCUGAAGAAUGGUAUCGAGUCCAUGUUGAUGCAUUAUAUUGAGGAAGUCCAGGGCGUCGAGCAGGUGAUGGAUCAGGAGGAGGAGAUCUCCAUGCAUGAGUUCGCUAAGUUCGAGGAAAAGUUGCGCCAGCAGAAGGGCCCCGCUGCUACGGCGUCGACGGGGGGUAAGGGGACGCUGGAUUCGGCUGUCUAAGGGGACAGUAGUUUUUUGUGGUUGUAUUUUUAUUUUGAGAUUGGAUAUACCGGGUAUACUUUUUUAUGUCGCCAGAAUAGAACAAGC